GCUAUUAUUUUUAUAUUUUGGUCCAGAUAUACAGAAGCAAAAUGUAGAAAUAAUUAUUACAAUGUACAUGUUUAUCAAGUUCUUGUACAGUCUUCAAAAUGUUGUAGAAAAGGGUGGACUUUUGUAGACGGUCCACAUACACAUAUUGACAGGUCGCGAUCCAACUUACACAAGCUUACUAUGAUUUACACAAGGAAACCACAAGAUAUAAUAGAUACUUGUUUCAGUUGCAAGGUUCUGGUCAGACCAGCGUUAAACCUAUGUUGCGUUCUACUCUAAUUAAUUAUAAUUUUGUAAAACAGUUGGAACCGUGGCUGGAGACAUGUCACCUCAUGGCUUGGGAGGUAAGCUUAAAUUAAUGAAUGCACAGAUUAACACAAACAUUAAGCUUAGGUACAGUAGGAAGCUUCCUACAUUUGUGAAAAGUAAAUAAACUGGAAAGUCCUUAAAGAAAAGAAUUCUGAAUGCAAUUUGCUUUGCUUUCUUUCUUUAUUUCGGAAGAGGAGUCCAACUUACCUUCUCGUACGAAUGAGGUGGUGCGCUGCGAAGAACGUUUGUUGGCCUCCUGCAGAGGAGAGAACACUUCCCUGCCAAGUUUCCUUGUUCACUCUUUCGACGAGCUUUGCUGGCAGGCGCGGACGCUUACGAUGGCUAUCUGCAUAGUCCUACUCAACCCCAGAAAGGAGAACGCUGGAGUAAGGGAGGGGAUUGUGAGGGCUCUAAGAUGGCUAUCGGCGCAAUACCAUGGAAAGGGUUUGUUCUACUGGCCUGGAGAGACAUCCUCCACAGAUGGAAGGCGAGUUUGCAACAUGUUCGGUGUACGCUACACCAGCGAUGCCGUACUGGUCAUCGUUCCUUCCAGUUCCUCAAUGUGGAAACCAACAUUGCUAGAUGGUAUUGAAGAUAGCAGUAUCACUGCAACAAAUAUUGAAGACAGGCUGGCGACGGCAUUAGAGAAAGCAACAGAUAUGCUUAAAGUGCUGUCUAUACAAAGGGAGAAACUCGAAACUUUCAGGAGAGACAGGGCUGAGCAAGAAGAUGACUUGCUAAAAGCACAACAAAAUGAAUCGAACGAGAGAAGGGAAGGAGAGGAGAAGGAGAAAGAGAAGGUAGGAGAGGAGCAAAAAUUAGAGGAUAACGAUGUAAGUUUUUCUUGAAUGAAGAUUGUUGUGCAUUUGAUGUUAGCCUUCCUGCACGAGUGGUUCCUUUUAAUUCACUUCCUUAGUUUCAGUCAUUGUGGUAGAUUAAAAAAUAGAUAAAAUAGACCUUAAAACGGUUUUCUUCAAUUGUAACCACAUUCCAUAUGCUACAUUAAGUACAAUAAUUAUUUUUCCUGAAACGAUUUUGUAGACUGAGGAGAAAGAUGCA